CUCAUUAUCGGCGACAAGCCAGUCUGUACUGGACAAAUUAUCUGCUGUGUUGGAGUCAACAGGAGUCACAAUAUAUUGGAGUGCGGCGACAGCAGCGCGGUGCAGUGCGAGUGUGGCGCGUGCGCGGUGCAUGCAGAGCUCGGUGCGAGUCGCGCGCGCAGCUUCCCAGAAAGCGUUUUCCUGGUCACGGCGAGCGCAGAUUGCGCUGACGAAUCCCUACGUCACGUCGAUGACGCGGUGUCGCGAAUCUUAGUAUAAAAACGUGCGUGUUGGCGCGCCGCGUCCCCUAGUGUUCGGUGGUACCGAGUGAGGACAACCUGGCGCCCCGCAAUGAAUACAUGGACUCCGACGUGGACGAGUCGGGGGAUGACACCGUGCCCGCCGAUCCAGAGAAGUGGGAGCGUCCAGAUGUGCUGCGGUGUGUGCGCUGGGUGGCGCGCACGUUCGGCGUGUGUGCUCCGCGCAAACAUCUCCUGCCUGACACCGGCCGCGCACUGCUGGCCCUCACCGAGGAUAACUGGGUGCAGGUAUGCGACGGCAGCGAGCAGUCAGCGCGCAUCUACCACGCGUACCUGCGGCACGCGCACGCCGGCGCCACGGGCCAGCCGCCGCCGGAGCCGCUGCCCGAACACCAGGCCACCACCAGCGCUACUGCUACUGAUUACAACCCGUACGGCGCGCUGAGCGGGUGUGCGCGCGCGGCCGGCGGACAGGUGCAGCUGUGGCAGUUCCUGCUGGAGGAGCUCGCGGCCGGGGCGCCCGGGAUCUGCUGGGAGGGUCCUCCGAAUGAAGGAGAGUUCCGCCUGUCAGACCCGGACGAGGUGGCGCGGCGCUGGGGCCGGCGCAAACAGAAGCCCAACAUGAACUACGACAAGCUGUCGCGCGCGCUGCGAUAUUACUACGACAAGAACAUCAUGAGCAAGGUGCACGGCAAGCGGUACGCGUAUCGGUUCAGCUGGGCGGGGCUGGCGGCGGCGUGCCAGGCGCAGGCCGGGGACGCGCCGCCCUACUGGCACUACCUGCCACCCUCCGCCACCGCCACCGACGCGACGACACCUACCACCACUGCGCCCUAGUCCAUUCGUAGCAACGUAGCGCGCAACGCUACGCUGUCACUACGCGGAAGGAAAGUGCUACGCCGUAGCUCGUAGCGAUAGAAAGUAACUACGCGUCGCGUAGCCGCGACUGCGAAUGUGCUACGUUGUGCAUUCAAGUGACGAUGGUGGUAUUUUGUAUUGUAAACUUUAUUAUAAUAAUAUGUUUGUAUUCCAAUGAAGUCUGUAUGUGGUGUUACCUGUGCAGGUAGGGGAAUAUAUCCUACGUACCAAUUUUAUUAAAUUACAGCAUACUGUGAAAGUGUAGGAUCUUUAAAGAUAAUAGUAGUUCUUGUUUGAAAAUAAAGUCUAAGAAAUUAUUUUACCUCUGGAAAACUAUCAGAUAUAGAUUAUUAGUUGUAUUAUACAGUAAAUAUUACACUGUUCAAGUCAUCGUUGUAAAGUAAUUAUAAUGAUUUAACUAUUAAGUCGUCGUGUGCCAAGACGCGGGUUCACACGACACACAAUAUAUUUUCUAUUGUAUCGUAUGUACCCGGCAUUCAAGCAAAAAAUUAUACCCUGUAACCAUGUUAUGUACAGGUACUGUAGAUAAAUAACACCGUACGGUCACUGUCCGUGUCCGUAAUGCAGGUACGUAUGUAGGUAGUCGGUCCCUAGUACAUAACGUUCGUUGUUACUUCUCAAUGAGAAACAUUGCUAUGUUUAUUAUUAUAAACUAAAACUUGUUCUGUUCUGUCUUAUUGCAUCAUUUAAUUUUAUUUAGUUACUGUGUAUUAAUUCAGGUUUUUUCAUUAUGUUUUUUAAUAACUAUC